GAAAUAGAAACCUAUUCGUUUGUUGCUGUGCGACUCAGAAGGGAAUGUAAAAGUAGUCACAGUAAAAUACAGCAGUGACUGAGAGUACAACAUCGUGAAUUCCCACAAUGGCUGAACAGAAUUAUGUUAGUGAACUUAAUGAAUACAAACAGAAAAACAACGCAAAAGUAAUAUAUGAGUUGGUUUCUGUAAAUGGUCCAGACCACGAUCGAACAUUCACCUUUAAGGUUGUUGUUAAUGAUGUUGAAUAUCCUGAGGCCAUUGGCAAAAGCAAGAAAGACGCAAAACACUAUGCAGCUAGGGAAGCUCUUGAAAUGAUACGUGGCCAAUCCAACACAUCUAGUGACACGACAAGUGACAGAAGAGAAUCAUGCACAUCACCAUCUGUACCUUCGAACCAGGUCAACUGCAUAAGCUGGCUUAAUGAAUAUUGCCAAAAAAAACAACUGUCAAUCCGACUAGUUAAGAACAGUCAUAUGGGACCUGCUGGUUUACCUCAUUUUUCCUGCCAGUAUAACAUAGGGAACAGAGAAUUUCCUGAGGGAAAAAGCAACAGUAAGAAAGAGGCCAAAAAAGAAGCAGCAAGGCUUGCUUAUGAACAGUUGCAGCUUGAGGAAACCAGCUUUACCAAUGCACAGACUCCAAACAAAAGCCAGGACAGUAAUUCAGGACUUGAUUCUAGCUUGGAUAUUUCAUCAUCAGGAGUUUUUGAAAGUCAAACAAAUGGUACAAGUACACCAAAACAGGCCCAGUAUGAAAGUUCCAGCAUACAGUCUUCAAUUAAAAGUCACUGUGGAAACGGUGAAUCUGAUGAUUAUAUUGUGUUCAAAGACAGUUCUUCCAGCAAGAAAGAAAACCCUGUUGCCGCAUUAAAAGUGAGUCCUCGAGGUGCCAGAUUAAAAAAUAGAAAAAUAAACUUGGCUCCUGAUUUCAGAAAUGACUUCAAGUCUACACCAAACAAGAAUGAUCAGGGAAAUAUUGCAGCCAAUUUAAAUGCAGAGAGACACUCUGGCAAGGAUGUCGUUGAGGAAACAAAAUUUUAUAGCCCACAGAACCCAAGACUUUUUCUGGAAUUUGAUGAAAUAACCAGCAUCGGUAAAGGUGGCUUUGGGAGCGUUUACAAGGCGAGAAAUAAACUGGACAAAAACUUUUAUGCUGUGAAGCGUGUGAAGUAUGAAAAAAAGGCCGAGCGUGAAGUUGCAGUAUUGGCACGUCUUGAGCAUGAGAACAUUGUACGCUAUUGUACUGCAUGGCGUGAAGAGUUACCAGGAAAACUGCUGGAAACAUCUGAAAGCUUCAGCAGCUCAAGCUCGGACUCCAGUACGUUACAGAAAUAUCUCUUAAUCCAGAUGAAACUAUAUGAAAAAGGAACAUUGAAAAACUGGAUUGAUGAUAAAAAUCACUUAAAGACAACAAGAAGCAAGACUGAUGCUUUGAAAAUAUUUACGCAGAUGGUCGAUGGAGUUGAAUAUAUACAUUCAAAUAAUCUGAUUCAUCGAGAUUUAAAGCCCAGAAAUAUCUUUUUAAAUGAGGACGAUAAAAUAAAAAUAGGGGAUUUUGGACUUGCGACUGAAAUAAUCGAUGAAAACAACGGCAACUCAAUCCAAAGGACUAAGCGCACAGGAACCAUGUCAUACAUGAGUCCUGAACAGGAAACCCAGAAUACAUAUGAAAAUGAAGUGGACAUUUUUUCCCUAGGAUUAAUUUGGUUUGAACUACUUUGGCAGUUUGAAACAGAAAGUGAAAAGAGACAUAUUUGGAGCAAAAUAAGGGGACGGGAGUUUCCUCAAGGGUUUCGCACUAAGUACAGUACUGAGUCCAAAUUAAUAGAAAAGAUGCUCUCUGAAACUCCAAAGGACAGACCAAAAGCUUCGAAGAUUGCAGAAUAUUUGGAUAGGUGUUUCAAAAAGGAGCCUGAACACAAAGAGACAAAGACAGUAUAAGGACAAUGCUGGAAAUGUACCCUAUAGCGAUGUUAGCAGGGAUACCACUAAAACAGUACACUAAGUAGCUGCAAGUGAAUGCUGGUGGCUUUUUCACAUUUUCCUUACUAUGUUAGGGUGUUUGCAAUCAAGGUGUUGUUCUAGUGUUGAGUUAUUAUAAUGUUGAAUGAGCUUGUGAUCUUCUAACUCUGCUAAUAUGAACAGAACAUUAUAAAAUAAUAGAGAUAAUGUUUUAAGUAAAAACAAAAACAAUUACAAUUAUAUUGGAAGAUAUUUUUAAAAGACCAUUCCAGUUUGAAACAAUUAGUUUUAAUUUAAAUGCAGGGAAACAGUGCCCAACAUUGAAAUCUGGUGUUUAUAAGCACAAAUAAAUACUGUCAUAAGAUCUGCAAUAGUAUGUAUUAUAUGUAAACCACUGAAGACAGAAAGUCACCAGUAUUGGGUGCAUUUUCUCUUUAACCAGCACUAUCUUAAAACAAGUCGACAGAUGUUGCACCAAAGAUUUAGUGGCAGAGUUUUGAUGUGCUGACUCAUUUUCCAUCUUUGUGUUGCACGGGUGGUGGAUGAGCACAGCUGUUGGUCUAUGUAGAAAAUGUAACUACUGCCCGAUACAUCAAAAUUCUCCAAGAUGAAUUUUUUCCUGUCCAUGCCAAUGGUCAUCUGUCUGGUAUUUAUAUGUAAAAUGGUGCCCUAGCUCACACCGGCUGUGCAAUGCAAAGGGGAAAAGAGAGUCAAGGCAUCAGAACUUUGCCUUGACCUGACCAAUCACUGGACGUGAACACCAUUGAACAUGUGUGGGCAAUCUGUGACCAAUCCAUGCAAAAGCAUUCUAGUAAACCCACUUUCUGGGGCUCCCUAAUACAGGUUAUGUAUCAGGAGUGGGCUACAAUGCCACAGACCAGGAUUACUGAUGUCAUCCACACAAUGUGUUAAACAACAUGCUCUUCAAUUUGUUUAAUGGUUAAAAAAGUGCCGAUGUCUUUAAUAAUGCCUAAACAAAAUGAAACAAUUUUUGCUCAAAUGGUUGAUUUGGAAAAUAUUUCUCUCCCAGCAGCUCAAAAAUAGUGGUCACUAUAUAUUGCCCAACCAUUAGCAACUCAUAAAAUAAAAUAAACACACACACACACACAC